CUCUCCACCACAAGCUGAAGGCUGCCAUGAGCUCUGAGACGCCCACCAGCCGACAGCUGUCAGAGUACCUCAAGCACGCCAAAGGCCGGACACGCACAGCCAUCCGCAACGGGCAGGUGUGGGAGGAGUCCCUAAAGAGACUGAGGCAGGCGUCCUUGACCAACGUCACAGGCUCCAGCCUGGACCUGAGCUCGCUGUCUUGGGAGGUGAAAUGCGACAUGAGCAGCCCUUACCGCACCAUUUCCGGGGACUGUAACAACAGGAGGCCCGCGCAGGGCGCCGCCAGCAGGGCCCCGGCGCGCUGGCUGCCCGCGGAGUACGAGGACGGGCUGUCCCUGCCCUUCGGGUGGACGCCGGGGAAGAUGGGCAACGGCUUCCCUCUCCCGCUGACCGAGGAGGUGUCCAACGAGAUAGCCGGCUAUCUGAAUGAGAAGGAUGUCCUGGACCAAAACAGGUCCCUGCUCUUCAUGCAGUGGGGUCAAACUGUGGACCACGACCUGGACUUUGCCCCCGACACCGAGCUGGGGAGUAGUGAGUACUCCAAAGCCCAAUGUGAGGAGUACUGUAUCCAGGGAGGCAACUGUUUCCCCAUCAUGUUCCCACGCAAUGACCCCAAGGUGAGGACUCAAGGGAAGUGCAUGCCUUUCUUCCGAGCCAGGUUUGAAUGUCCCACUCCGCCCUACCAAUCCUUGGCCCGAGAACAGAUCAAUGCUUUGACCUCCUUUCUGGAUGCCAGCUUUGUGUACACCUCCGAGCCAUACCUGGCCAGCUGCCUCCGCAACCUCAGCAGCCCCCUGGGCCUCAUGGCCAUCACCCAGGAGGUCUCAGACCAUGGGUUACCCUACCUGCCCUUUGACAACAAGAAACCAAGGCCCUGCGAGUUCAUCAACACCACUGCCCACGUGCCCUGCUUCCUGGCAGGAGAUUCCUGAGCCUCAGAGCAGACCCUGCUGGCCACUUCCCACACCCUCUUUCUCCGCGAGCACAACCGGCUGGCCAGAGAACUGAAGAGACUCAACCCUCAGUGGGAUGGAGACAAGCUCUACCAGGAAGCCCAGAAUAUCCUGGGAGCCUUUGUCCAUAUUAUUACCUUUAGAGAUUACCUACCCAUUGUGCUAGGUGACCAUAUGCAUAAAUGGAUCCCCCCCUACUGAUGCUACAAUGAAUCUGUGGAUCCCUGAAUUUCCAAUGUUUUCACCUUCGCCUUCCACUUUGGCCACUUGGAAGUCCCCUCUACUGUGUCCCAUCUGGAUGAGAAUUAUCAGCCAUGGGGUCCAGAGCCAGCACUCGCCCUGCACACCGUCUUCUUCAACACCUGGAAGAUAGUCAAAGACGGUGGGAUUGAUCCUCUGGUGCGGGGCCUGCUGGCCAAGAAGGCCAAGUUGAUGAAACAGAAUGAAAUGAUGAUGGGAGAGCUGCGCAACAAGCUUCUCCAGCCAACUCACAGGAUCCACGGCUUUGACCUAGCUGCCAUCAACAUACAGCGUGGCCGGGACCACGGGCAGCCUGGGUACAACUCCUGGAGAGGCUUUUGUGACCUCUCACAGCCGCAGACACUGAAGGAGCUGAACAUUGUGUUAAAGAACAAGGAGCUGGCCAAGAAGUUACUGCAUCUCUACAGCACCCCUGACAACAUCGACGUCUGGAUAGGGGCCAUCGCUGAGCCCCUGGUGGAAAGGGGCCGGGUGGGGCCUCUCCUGGCCUGCCUCCUGGGCAAGCAGUUCCAGCAGAUCCGUGACGGAGACAGGUUCUGGUGGGAAAACCCCAGGGUCUUCACGAAGAGGCAGUGGGACUCUCUACAGAAAAUGUCCUUCUCACGCCUUGUCUGUGACAAUACCCGUAUCACCAAGGUCCCGCUGAACGCAUUCCGAGCUAACAGCUACCCACGAGGCUUUGUGGAUUGCUCAGCCAUUGACAAGCUGGACCUCUCACCCUGGGCCUCAGCAGAGAAUUAGGGGCCUGGGCUCCAAGGCCUCCACGCUGCACAGUAAAGCCCCUUUGGUCCACGAUGCCAUUUCACACAAGUCCAAUGACCUGGUCCUUUAGAGCUCCACACCC